UCUCGCACAAGACACAUAUGAAGAGCAUGCCACUAUCUCGGAUAUACCCUCAGCUCUUCACAGCCAAAAUUGCUCGUUUGAUCCAUUUAAACCUCUUCUAUCUUCUGGUUCAUCACAAACUGUAAAGCAGAAUCAAAGUCACAGAAGGGGUAUUAAAGAUCAAAGAAUGCACACAAGGAAGAAGACAAUUUCAUGCUUACAAUGUGGGAAAUGUUUUACUUGGAAAUCACAACUUGUUGAACAUCAAAAAACUCACACAGGAGAGAAGCCAUUUUCAUGUUUAGAAUGUGGGAAAUGUUUUACACACACAACAACACUUGUUGGACAUCAAAGAAUUCACACAGGAGAAAAGCCAUUUUCAUGCCAAGAAUGUGGGAAAUGUUUUACUUGGAAAGCACAUCUUGUUGGACAUCAGAGAAUUCACACAGGGGAGAUGCCGUUUUCAUGUGAAGAAUGUGGGAAAUAUUUUACACACAAAACAACACUUGUUGCACAUCAAAGAAUUCACACAGGGGUGAAGCCAUUUUCAUGUUCAGAAUGUGGAAAAUGCUUUGCACAGAAAGCAACACUUGUUGUACAUCUAAGAACUCACACGGGAGAUAAGCCAUUUUCAUGUCCAGAAUGUGAGAAAUGUUUUACUUUGAAACACCAACUUGUUAAACAUCAACAUACUCACACAGGGGUGAAGCCAUUUUCAUGUUCAGAAUGUGGAAAAUGUUUUACCUGGAAAUCACAACUUGAUAAACAUCAACGAAUUCACACAGGGGAGACGCCGUUUGCAUGUGAAGAAUGUGGGAAAUGUUUUACACACAAAACAACACUUGUUGGACAUCGAAGAAUUCACACAGGGGAGAAGCCAUUUUCAUGUUCAGAAUGUGGGAAAUGUUUUACAUACAAAACAACACUUGUUGUUCAUCAAAGAACUCACACAGGAGAUAAGCCAUUUUCAUGUGCAGAAUGUGGGAAAUGUUUUGCUUGGAAACAACAACUUGUUAAACAUCAACAAACUCACACAGGGGAAAAGCCAAUUUCAUGUUAAGAAUGUGGGAAAUUUUUCUUAAAAAAAGAAAAUCCUUGUUGAACAUCUGAAAAUUCACAAAGGCAAUACGCCAUUUUAUGUCUAGAAUGUGGGAAAUACUUCACUUUUAAAUCACAAAUUUUCGAACAUCAAUGAACUCACACAGGAGAGAAGCCGUUUUGAUACCAAAAAUGUGGGGAAUUUUAUGGUAAUAGAUCAAACCUUGUUAGACCCCAAAGAACUCACAGAAGGGGAAUAGCCAUUUUUCAUGUCAAGAAUGUGGGGAAUGUUCUUCCCAUAAAUCAGUCCGUUUUUGGAAGAAUUCGUUCAGAAUUUACACAGAAGUGAAGCCAUUUUCAUGCACUAUAUGUGGAAAAUGUUUUACCCAAACGUCUAAUCCAAAUUCACAUCAUGGAACUCACAUUGGAAAAACAGUUAAUAUCCAGAAUGUAGGAAAUGUUUAACCAACAAAUCAUCAAGAAACUCACACAAGAUAAUAGUCAUGUUUACCAGCUUCUCCCACCUUCACAUAACUGUAUAAGGGUUGAGGGCUAACUUCCUAUACCCUACUUAGUGAUGGUGGGCACAGCAGUUGUGCAUGUGCCUUCAGCACAAUAUAUAGCCAGGAUUGUAUCAAGCUCCAUUCCUGGCUAUUUAACUCAUUUAGAUGCCACAGUCAAUAUUAACAACUGCAUGAGAGGCGGCUUGCUCUCACAUUCAAUCAUAUAUUCCCUUGGGCAACACAAUCGUGGUGUGAUUAUGGUUGCUAUGGUAGUGAGAGGACUAAUGAUGGCCUCCAGGUUUGUGAAGUACAGAAAAACAAUUAGAGCUACCUGAUGGUUAAAUAGGCUAACUGUCAGAAUACCUACAGGG